UCUUGAUUGCGAUAAUCUGACUCGGACUAUGUACAGUAGUAUUACCUUGUUUACGAAAUUUUCAAAGCAUAUAUCUUGACCGUCCAGGUCGAGUAUUCUAGCAUUCACUCAGGCUGAUCUUUUACGAUCCUCCAUACCUCCCGCUCUUUUCUGUACUCUAUCUCUCAUCUAACCCCCCAGGACCAGCUGUAGAUUACUCUCCAAUAAACAUGGCUACUCGUAUCGAAUUCGAGAACAGCAGCGAAAUCGGCGUGUUUGCAAAACUGACAAACAGCUACUGCCUGGCUGCAAUCCAAGGCAGCACGAAUUUCUACUCGGCCUUUGAGGCUGAGCUUGGCGAUGUCAUUCCCAUCGUGCAUUCCACGAUCGGCGGCACCCGUAUCGUCGGGAGAUUGACCGCAGGAAAUCGACAUGGUCUACUCCUCCCCUCAACAACGACUGAUCAGGAACUACAGCAUCUGCGUAACUCCCUUCCUGACGCUGUUUCGAUCCAGCGAGUCGAAGAACGUCUAUCUGCGCUGGGUAACGUCAUUGCUUGCAACGACUACGUUGCCCUCGUCCACCCUGACGUUGACCGCGAGACGGAGGAAAUCAUUGCUGAUGUGCUCAAGGUUGAGGUCUUCAGGCAGACCGUCGCAGAUAACGUCCUUGUGGGGAGCUAUUGUGCGAUAUCAAAUCAGGGUGGACUUGUUCACCCAAAGACGAGCAUUCAGGACCAGGAUGAACUGAGUAGUCUUCUACAGAUUCCCCUUGUGGCUGGUACUGUCAACCGAGGUUCAGACGUUAUCGGUGGAGGUCUGGUCGUCAACGACUGGUGCGCGUUUACUGGACUUGACACUACCGCCACAGAGAUCAGUGUUAUCGAAGCUGCAUUCAAGCUUCAAGGACAAAGUUCUUCAGCUGUCAUUGGCGAGAUGCGGGAUUCUCUUAUCGACAACUGGGCAUAAUUGAAUUUUACGUCACGCAUCCCUUUAUCGUUACUUAUACCUUCACGUCUACCUUCAUCUACACUCGAAGUGCUACCUUAGUCUGCAGCAUGAAUUCUGUAUCUUUACGCUUGUAAGUCGUUGGCAAUGGAAUAGUUGUGAGAGGAAUUGAUACUGGAGAAUAAUGGGAUAAUAUUUAUCCUUCAAGUGCAAUUUUAGGUUUGACCCCUGUUUUGUAGCAUUUGGAUUAUAGUUCGUUGUUUGACGUGACAACUAAGUAUGUAUGUUGCUCGGG